CUGUUUUAUAUUUAUGAUCCUCACCAAUCUUUCAUGGGCUCAAUAUAUUUAAAAGGGUAGUCUCAGGCAUGGAGAGAAUUAUAUAUAGUAUUCUGAAUUUCUGACAAAUCUGCAUAUUCAUAAUUUCUCUCAAGUUCUUCUCUAUAAUUCUUCACCAUGGUGUCACUUUCCUCCAAUCUCGAAAGUCCAAUUUCAGGCAUGAAACUGUCAUCAGUUGUGCCGGCAAAAGACACGGGUAACAAAGAUCAUCAACUCACAGACUUGGACUUGGCCAUGAAGCUCCAUAACGUUAAAGGAGUUUAUCUCUUCGACAGUGAUGCAGUUCGAGGGCUGACCAUACACGACCUCAAGAAACCAAUGUUUGAGUUGCUAGAAAUCUACUUCACCGCCGCGGGGAGGAUCAGGAGAUCCGAAACAACUGGGAGGCCAUUCCUCAAGUGUAACGAUGGUGGCGUUCGUAUUGUUGAAGCAUUUUGUGAUACAAGUAUCGAUGAAUGGUUGGAAAGCAAUGACGAUUCUCGUGAUAAUUCUCUGGCGUACUAUCAAACUCUUGGCCCUGAUCUUCGAUUCUCCCCUCUGGUUUUUGUACAGUUUACUUGGUUCAAAUGCGGAGGCGUGUCAUUGGGCCUGAGCUGGGCCCAUGUCCUUGGAGAUCCAGUUUCGGCAUCAACCUUCGUCAACAAAUGGGCUCUGAUAGUGGCAGGUUAUGUUCCAUCCAAGUCUCUUCACUCGCCGAAACGAAGAAAAUCUGAAACUCCAACUUCAGUUCCUGGAAAAUUGUCUCCCAUGAAAAGAAUUGAACCAGUCGGUGACCACUGGACCAUUUCCAAUAACUGUAACAUGGAAACUCACUAUUUUAAGGUUACUGCAAAACAACUCGACCAUAUGGUAUCAAGAGUAUGUGCUCCAACUAAUGUCUCACAUUUUGAAGUCCUCUCUGCUAUUAUAUGGAAAUCACUUGCAAAGCUUAGGGAAGAUUCAGGGCCUAGAGUUGUGACAAUUUGUAGAUAUAAUUAUGGCAACAGAGAAAAUGAAAUACCAACUAAUGACUUAGUGUUAAGCACAGUUGAGACGGAUUUCAAUGUGAGAAAAGGUGACAUAUCCGAACUGGCUGUGUUGAUUGCUGAUAAGAAAAAGGUGGACGGGAACAGUUUGGCUGAAGAAAUAUUAUCAGAGAAAGAUGGUGAAAGUUCAGACUUUAUAGUGUACGGUGCAAAUUUGACAUUUGUAAACAUGGAAGAAGCAGAUGUUUAUGGGUUGAAAUUGCAGGGGAAGAAACCAGUGUCUGUGAAUUACGCCAUUGAUGGGGUUGGCGAUGAAGGGGUUGUUAUGAUUCUUCCUGGUCCUGAAGAAGAGGAAGAUGGUUGUGGCAGGAAAGUGACAGUUGUGUUGCCGGCAGAUCAACUUGCACUUCUCAAGAAGGAGCUCAAUAGUGAAUGGGCUGUCGUUUGAUGAAGAUAUUUGGCACUUCGAUUUGGAUAAAAUGAUUGGUGUUGGGUGCGAUGCUGACUAGUGGAUAAUAAAUAGUCGUGAAAAAAAUUAUUUCUUGUUUUAUGUCUGCGUGCAAAUAAAAUGAUGUAAUAUUUGUGCACGUUACUAUCAGUAUGAACAAUGUAGUUAAAUGGGAGAUUAUAAGUUUUUUUUUUUUUUU